UAGACAUUCAUUGUUGCUAUCUUCAAUAAUUAACGACUAGGUUCUGCUGCUUAACCCUUUACCAUUCUUUCCCCUUUUCUUGCUAUAAUUCAAGUUAGAACAGGAAAAGGAGCGUCUGGGUUAUCUUCAGUCUGGUUUGGUUUUUUUUGUUGGAAUCUUGUUACUUUGUGAAGCAGAUUCGAAUAUAGAACCUGCUGCUCUUCAUCUGGCAAUGAAUUGCUGAAAGCUGUGCCCUCAAAUAACCACUCAAUUACCAAUUACACUUAGCAUCAACAAAACUGAGAAAGUUUCUCAUUUCCAGAUAAGCAGUCUAGGAUUGAGCACUCAUCUCGCAUGGAACAACAGGUUAAUCAAAGGAGUGAAAAUCAUGAUUUUACCAGAAGACAAGAUUGGGAUCCAAAAGCCAUGUUAAACAAUAUGUCUUUUCUUGAACAAAAGAUUCAUCAACUGCAGGAGCUGGUGCGUAUAAUUGUUGACCACAGAAGUCUAGCUGGGAUUCAGGGAAAUGACCUUUCAAUUCAGCAACAACAGCUAAUAAUUGCUGAUCUUACCUCUAUCAUUGUUCAAUUAAUAUCAACUGCAGGGAGUCUUCUUCCAACCGUAAAGCAUCAUACACUUUCCUCCGCGAGCCCAACUACUAAGCAACCUGCACAGUUUGGUGGUGUUUGGGUUCCUUCUGGAAAAGUUAUUGAUGCCGGUGCACUACCACACAGUGUUAAUGUAACUAAGGCAGAAGAUCAGCCCAACCAUGUUGAUCUAAUGGGCGAUUGUGGCAUUGUACAGAAGUAUGAUGUUGAUGAACAUGAGGCGAAAGAUGAAGAUGAAUUCCAUGACGAAGAGAACCUUCCCCCUGGUUCCUACGAGAUUCUGCAGCUGGAGAAAGAGGAAAUUCUUGCACCUCACACUCACUUCUGCACAAUUUGUGGGAAGGGAUUUAAGAGAGAUGCCAAUUUGCGGAUGCAUAUGAGGGGUCAUGGGGAUGAGUACAAAACUCCAGCUGCUCUUGCAAAGCCUCACAAGGAUCCCAGCUCUGGGACGAUGACUCUUAUUAAAAGGUAUUCCUGUCCUUGUGUUGGUUGCAAGCGCAACAAGGAACAUAAAAGGUUUCAGCCGUUAAAAACUAUCUUAUGUGUGAAAAACCAUUACAAAAGAACCCACUGUGAGAAAAGCUAUGCUUGUAGUAGGUGCAAUCUGAAGAAAUUUUCAGUUAUUGCAGAUCUUAGAACACAUGAGAAGCAUUGUGGUAUAGAUAAAUGGCUUUGUUCUUGUGGAACAACCUUUUCCAGGAAAGAUAAGCUUUUUGGACACAUUUCCCUUUUCCAAGGACAUACACCUGCAAUUCCUCUAGAUGAAACCAAAGGUUUUGCUGGGACAUCUGAUCAAGGCCAAAUAGGUAAAGCAACGACAGAGGCUGGAGAGAUCGGUUUUGAGUUAAAUGUUCAGAAUGGUAGUGGGCUUCAAACUACUAUAAAUGUAAAAGAGGAUGCAGAUAAUCCUGGCAGUUAUUUGUCACCUUUGAACAUUGAAACUUGCAAGCUUAGCGAACUCCAAGAGUUUCCCCAGCCACCAUUUGAGGACCCAGAAAACUCAUUCUCUUUUCUACUGUCAGGUUCAUGUAAUUACCCUCAGAGGGCUGGGAAAAUAUAGGUUCUACUGAACUGGAAUAGGUCAAAGUGAAUUUGUCGUUGGUUUGAUAUAGCGGUCUGUUUUCUUGUUAUGUCAGUUCCUUUUGGCAAUAAGUGAAGUCUUUUCUUAGUAUGUAAUGCUCUUUUUGAUUGCUUAAAAUGUUAUAUCUGGCUCGACUAGGUAUGUUUUUUAACUUGCAAAUCUGUAGUCCUAGUUGCAGCAAGUCAACAAUAAAUGCA